AUGGCUGUGUAUGUCAAAAACAACUUCUUACUCGUUUCUUUAGUAGUGCUUUUUCUUGUUGUUACCUCAUCAUAUGCAAGAAUCAGUAUACAAAUUUCAGACGGUGAUGUCAACACUAUCUGCUCAAAAGCGAAGAAUCCUUCAUUCUGUUCAAACUUCUUUAAAUCCACUCCACAAACUAAGGCAUUGGAUCUUCCUGGUGUCGCAAAGCUUUUGAUCGAUGAUGCAUCAGGAGAUGCCUCAGACGCACAGAAGCAAUUCGACUCACUGGCGAAAAGUGCGAGCGAUCCUCGUACCAAGAAUGUUUAUACUCAAUGUUCGGAAAAUUAUAAAGAUGCACUUAGCGAGUUUGAUGACGCCCUCAAAGCUUUGGCAGCCAAAGACGGUGCAAGUUUAAACAUUAAAGUCUCAGCUGCAAUGACAGAUGGAGAUUCUUGCAAUUCAGAGUUGCCAAGUGUUAAACCUAGUCCACAACUCUUGCAAAAAGUUUCUGAUAUCGACAAUCUCUCUGGUAUUGUUUUGGUGAUUUCUAACAUGUUACCUUAA